GUGAAUUACUUUUAUGGAUUGUACGUUUAAUCAUUGUUGAUCCAUAUUUAAUGUUACAUAAUCCAAAUAAACUUGAUCAUGAAACACAAAUGUCAACAUUUGAAUUAAUUAAUGGUCUUGUAUCACUUGUUCAUGAUACAUCAAUGAUGCCUGAUGUUGCACAUGCAGCAAUGGAAUCUUUAUUAGUUUUACAUGAAACACGAAAUAUUGAAUUAUGGAAUCCUGAAGCAUCUAUAAAUACAUUUUGGUCAAUAUCAAGUCAAGUACUUUUUUCAAUUUCACAAAAAUUAGUUUUACAUCAAAUCUAUGAAUAUACAUCUGUAUUACGUUGGUUAAGAGAAAUUCUUGUUUUACGUAAUGCUUUUCUUUUUCAUCAUAAAGAUAAUGCUUAUCUUGGUUCAAAUAUUCCAAUGGCUAAACAUGCACAUACAAAAUUAGAAAUUGUUUUUUUUAUUUAUCUAUGGUCGAUUGAUCCUGAAGCUGUUAAAAUCGCCAUGUCAUGUUUUGCUUUAUUUGCUUAUGAAGCGGAUAUUCGUUUUGGUUUUGAUGAAACAGCUGUAUUAGCACUUUUACCUAAUUAUAAUAUUUAUAUGGAAUUAUCAGCAGCAUCAACAACAUUAGUUACAACAGGAAGAAAUGCAUUACAAAAAAAAAUUCUUUUAUUAUUAAGACGUAUUGAAUAUGCUACACCUGGAAAUAAACAAGCUUGGUAUGAUACAUUUGUUAGUCAACAACAUUUGGCAAAAUUUCUAGCUAUUUAUCCAAAACGUGUUGAUGAUUUGAAUAGUGGAGGAUCAACAGCAAGUUCAACAUCAGUUAGUGGAAGUGAAACAAGUAUUAUAACUGGUAGUGGUUAUUCCAAAAUUAGUAAACGAAGAGCUGGUGUUCAUUCAAGUGAACAUGAAAUUGAAGAUGUUUUUAAUGAAUGGGCAAAUAUGACUGGAUUUUUAUGUGCACUUGGAAGUGUAUGGUUACCAAUUAAAAAUCGACCAGGUCAACAUGGAAUACCUGCUGAUACUCGACGUACAUCAAUGGAACCUGUUAGUUCUGAUCUUCAUUAUUGUCCAGUAACACAAUUUAUUGGUGAUUGUUUAAAAUAUUUGGUUUGUCAAAAUGAAAAAUUUGGUAUACAAAUUCAACGUCAUAUACAAGAUUUAUUAGGUCAUGAACUAAAUCCAUUAUGUUAUCCAAUAUUAUUUGAUCAAAUUAAAAUUCAAGUUGAUAAAUUUUUUGAUGCUAAUGGUCAAGUUAUAUGUUCAGAACAAAAUACACAAUUUAUUGAUAAUGUUAUUGUUAUAAUGCGUUCUGUAUUUGAAAUGAAAGCUCAACAAGCUGCACAAAAUUCAUUAGAAGGACCAACAGCAACGACUGGUUCAUCGAAUACAUUAGGUGUAUCAGGUAAUAAUGCUGGUUCAUCACCAUCGGUUGUUGGUGGUUCAUCAAAUGAUUCAAGUUCAAAUUCAACAAAUGGAAGUGGACGUGGUGGACCACAACAAACUAGUGAAAAUCCAUUAGCAAAUGUUAUAAGUUUAGAACAACUUGUUUUAAAUAUUGUUCGUUAUGCACGACAUUUGGAUACAAGUGUUGGUGCUGUUGCUAUACGUAUACGUGUUUGCCAAUUAGUUGAAUCGAUGAUGAAACGACGUGAUGAUUUAUCAUUUCGACAAGAAAUUAAAUUUCGAAAUAAACUUGU